GUAACGUGAACUGUAGAUUCUCAGUAUUCGUAGUGAAUUUCAGAACAGUCAAACAGUUAAAUUGUUCUCAGACUGUUCUUUAACUAGAACUACACUUCAAUGUCUUCAGUAGUUAGAAAGAUGACAGAUACUUUGCGUUUGGAUCUUUUACCAGACGACGUGUUGCUAAUCAUUUUCGAUUAUUGCAAUGCAUACGAUUUGUUGCGACUCAGCGAAGUAUGCAAGCGAUUUUACGAGAUGGUACACUUGGAUAUCGUCUGGGCUGAAAAAGGCAAAAGAUUUGUUGUCACGAAUCAAAUGUCAAAGAAAUUUCGUGAUAGGUACGUUAGGUUGUGUUUAACCUAAAUUCGAUAUUAAAUUCCAUUCGAAUUAAAAUCCGGACUUAAAUGAAGCAAAUUCGAUGCACAAAAGUAACAGUUCUUCAGUGUGUGAAACAAUAUUGGAAAUACAAGAAAAAUGGCCAGUAUCUUACAACUGGCAAUAUGGAAUAUACAAAAAACAAACGAUACUCACACAGAGAACAAGGCUGAUGCCAUGGUUGCAAAUGACAAGGAGCAUACUCUGGUGGUGCGGUGGUCACGAUCUCCUUGGCUAUGUUCGCGAACAAGGAGAAAUGAUAGAUAACAUGUUUGGUGACAGCUUUUAUACAGAAACCUAUACAGGAGGUGACAUCUGCAAAUUUGUUCUUUGGAAAAACUUCAUCAUAAGCGGCUAUACAAAUGGCACUAUAAACUACUUUCUGGUAAAGUAUAGCAAAAGGAAAUGUCGUCUCGUAAAGAGGCUCGUGAACAAUCGUUCUUCCGUUAAUGCCUUAGACGCCUCAUCAGAAAAUCUCAUUGCGGGUUUAGAAUCUGGUGUAGUAAAAAUAUUGAGACAUCCAGACAUGGAUAGGCCUGAAAAAAAAGUUUACGAAAAAGAGAUCUGUAUACAUCCAGUAGAUAAAGUGCGAUCGCUCGCAAUUGAUCCCACUGGAGUAAAAUUUGCCGUUGGCUCAACUGGAAUUGCCGACAUUCCACCACUGCAUGUAAUCAAUAUCGAAUGUUACACAUCGAUCGAUAAAAUGCAGCAUGAAUGGAAACACGGUGCUGGAAUAUUAGACAUGGUAUGGGAAGAUCCUAACACUUUGCUUACUUGUGGCUACGAUACAUAUAUUCGAAAAUGGGACUUAAGAACUGGAAAAUGUGUUUGUUCGUGGGCAGAUCCAACCGACGCAACAUUAUAUUGUAUUUCAUCUGAUCAUCAGUACUCUAUGAUAACAGGAACGCAAUAUAAUUGUUUAGCUGUUCUGUGGGAUCAAAGAAAGAAUGAUUUUGUUCAGCUUUAUUACAUGAGUUCGAAGCCAUCAUCUCAACGUAGUCCGGUCUAUUCUUUACAAUUUGAUAGCACGAAUCUAUAUUGCGCUACAGAUAGGCAUAUAGUCGAAUUAAGCUUCUCAGGUCCUAUGAUUGAAAGACUUGAUUACAAAUCGAUGUAUAUGGAUAUUCUAUCAUGUGGGUUGUUCGGUAGAUAGAUAGAUUAUACAAAUACAUUCAAACGAAAUGUUUCGUGCUGAAAGUUUAAUUACAACAAUUUGUAUGAUAAGAAAAACCACGAAGGCGAGACCAGAUGCUGGAAGUUGAAUAGUGUGAUGUGUCUGAUGACAAUUGAUGAAUUUUAUAAAAAUAGUACUGUUACUUUAUUAUAAAUUCUAAUGGUAUGAAUUGCAUUAUUAUAAUGUAUAUAAUUAUCUGCCAAUACCACAUAGUUAUAACUUAUAUCUGAAUAACUUGUGUUCGUGUGAUAUUUUUUUCUAAAUUCACACCUAAUAGUGUUGAUAUAUAAUUUAAAAAAUAUAAUAAAAAAAAUCAAUUGUAUUGCAA